AUGGUCUUCCUUGGCUCGAACAAGACGGGUAGCGGCGUGCACGAUUCUGGGCGGUUUUCUUUAGCUAGCGACCUGAACAUCAAGCUAAAUGUCCAUUUGUUGAGACAGAAUCGUGAGCGCCACAAGGAAGUGUAUCCGUCCUGUUCAAGGCAAAGAAGACCAUGUUCCUGGAUAGAUACACACUUCUUUCACAAGCAUCAAAAUGUAGCUCGAUUCAGUAUACAAUUGAAAGGGUCUGCCGUGCUACAAGGCAAAAAUAAAAAUCGGUUCCGUACUAAUCGAUUUCGCAGGCAAAUGUGGCCCCCCUGCCAAAAAAUUAGCUAUAGGAUAAAAUAUUUAGUUGUACUGCUAAAUAGAAUUGGCGAUACAGCUAGUUCAUUGCUUCAGUUUGCUGUACAACAAAAGACUCGUGUCGUAGUGGAUACCCGUAGCAACAACCAAUGGAAAGAAAAUGCAUUUAUUUUCAACUUUCCUGGAGGUUCUUGUUCAGCCGCUUCUCAACACACCAAAUGCUUUGAAACAUUAACCGGGAAGCUACUCAGGAAGGAGAAACCAUGUGGCCUUAAUCCGGGUGUAAAUAUUUUAUCCGACACACCGAUGGAUUGGUCAUUUCCCUAUUUUCCAAUUAUGCCGUACGGGACGUGGCGGUUUCGCCUUUCGUACGGACAAACCGGUCAGAAGCGGGCCUCCGGGUGCCAUAUCGCGGAAGCCGUUACUAUUCCGAAAUCUUAACUGGCGAUGGUCAUUAUUGGAUUAUUAAAAAUAUCAGUGUUUUCCUCU